UUUCAGCGCAGUCAUUUGAAAGGACGUUCAUACACAUACAACCAUACAACAGCUAGCACUAAGCGUUUUGGUCUCUAGUUCUCUGAUGAGUUAGGUCUACGUCCUAGCCUACGGUUCGUCUAUAAGUUUACAGACUUCGAACGGACAGUAAUCAAGCCGUCCGCGUGCGUUUGUUUCCCGGUCUGAAGAGAGGAUUCCGCUGGAAGCGACUCGCGCAGGAUGGCAGCCGUGAAAGCGCUUCAGCAGUGGUGUAAGAUCCAGUGUGACGGCUACCGAGAUGUGGCCAUCACGAACAUGACGACGUCGUUUCGAGACGGGCUCGCCUUCUGUGCGCUCAUUCAUAAGCAGCGGCCCGAUUUAAUAGACUUUGACUCUUUGCGGAAGGAGAACAUUUAUGACAACAACCACCUGGCAUUCCGUGUGGCUGAGGAGCAGUUGGGUAUUCCUGCUUUGUUGGAUGCAGAAGACAUGGUAGCCCUAAGGGUUCCUGAUCGCCUCAGCAUCCUAACAUACGUCUCCCAGUAUUACAACUACUUCCAUGGCAAAUCACCCAUUGGGGGCCUGGGAGGCAUCAAAAGACCUGCUGAAAGCUCCCAUGAUCAGCCUGCAGGGAAGAAGAACCAGCCAAUCACAGCCAAGACACACUCUCCGGCUACGCCUGCCACACAAAACCAGCCAAUCACAGUCAAGACCUACGCUCCGGCUACGCCUGCCACACAAAACCAGCCAAUCACAGCCAAGACCUACGCUCCGGCUACGCCUGCCACACCAAGUCAGAGAGAGGUGUUGACUGAGCGCACCAAUAAGACUGGUACCCUAAGCAGCAGCUGCAGUGUCUGCAACAAACACGUGCACCUGGUACAGCGCCAUCUAGUGGAGGGGAGGCUUUACCACAGGAACUGUUUCAAGUGCAGUGAGUGCUCCACCCUUCUCCUCUCUGGUACCUACAAACCGGGAGUCAAACCAGGAACCUUCAUCUGCACAACACACAAUACACUCAGUCCUCCAGCCAAUCAGAGCCCACGGACGCCACCUUCGCCCAAACCCAGCACACGGAACCCUCCCGCGUCCAAUCCCAGGCCAUGGACUCCCCCCUCAACCAAUCAGAGUGAGCUCAGCAAAAAGGCCACGCCUUCCCCUUCCAAACCCACUGGCCCUUCCUGGCUCAUCACCAAGAGUGACCACACGGCGGUGCCCACACUAAAGCCAUCUCCAAGGCAACAGAAAACGACGGUGACUGUGGUUAGCCCUAGCGCUACGCAAACGCACGACUCCUCCCCAGGUUCCUCACUCAGCACCCCGACUACCAAGAACCAGCAGGCUCGCCAGCGCUUCUUUGAGUCUGGAACUUCAAGCGGAACCACAAAGCCACUGUCAGGGGUGGCCGACAGAGCGGAAUCCGCCGGUAAGGGCAUCGGAACUGGGGGAGAGAAGAAGGGAAGGGUGGUCCUGAAAGUGGGAGACUGGAAGAAAGAGAGAGGGAGGGAGGAGGAGGAGAAGGAGAAGGAGGAGGAGAAGGAGAAAGCCAAGAGUAUGAUUGGAAGAAAGCUGGCAGAGGAGAAGAGCAGCAGCACUAAUCCGCCAUGGCAAACAGAUGGAGGGAAGAGCACUGACAGCCGUGGACGGGUCCGGCUAAAGCCUUUGGACGUAUCCUUGACAACAAACACAACAAAAGACAAACCAAGUCCAGCUUGGAUGAAUAAAUCCAGUAAGGACAACAAACCAGUCCUCACGCCCUCUAAAGAAAAUGACUCGGCCCCCACCAGCUGGAGGUCGAUGCUGAAGCCUGUCAAGGAGACCAAAUCUGUCAGCUCUACGGACCCCGUCCCACCCAGCCGCACUGAGAGCCCAAAGCCCAAGUCCCCCUCACGUCUGUGGGGAGGCAGCUCAGGCAAGCCCCAGGCCUCUGGGCCUUCUUUCAGUCUGACCUCCAGCACAAGCCCUGCUGCUCCUGCCUCCUUGGGCACUCCAACCAGCAAAGCCUCCACAACCCCAGAGACUACACACUUGAAAGAAACAACAAAAGCACCGAAGGGUAAACCAGACUACAUCCCCAAAGAGGAGAUCCUGCAGGAGCUGGAUGAGAUUGAGAAGAAUCUGAAUGAACUGGAGGGGAAGGGGGUGGAGCUGGAGAAACGACUCCGACAGUUUGAAGAGGAGGAGAAGGAGGAUGUGUUGCAGGAUGAACUCAUGGUGGACUGGUUUAACCUCAUCAGGCAAAAGCAGGUCUACAUUAGACGUGAAUCUGAGCUUGUCUAUGUCGCCAAGAAUCAGGAUCUUGAGGAGCAGCAGCCCAGUGUUGAAGCCGAACUCCGAAGGCUGAUGAUGAAACCUGAGCACUUGAAGACAUCGUUUGACCGUAAGCGCGAGGAGGACCUGAUGGCCAAGCUAGUGGAGAUAGUUAAUGACCGGAACGCCAUAGUGGACGGACUGGACGAAGAUCGACUCAGAGAGGAGGAGGAAGAUGAGCAACUCAAUAAGAUGAUGGAGAGUCUUGAUUUCAAGAAAGAGAAGGACAAGAAGAAGUCUCCCAAGUCUAAGUGGUUUAGUUUCAAGUCCAAAAAGGACAAUGUUGUGUCUUGAACUCCAUUAUUUUUCUAUGUCUCUGUGUGUUGCUCUGUUGUCGUUGUUGUUGUUUGUUUAUUUGAUGUUGCUUUCUGUACGCUGCUGUACAGUCAUGCAGACUGGACAAAUGUUUUGUACAAAAGAUUUGUAGUCCUCUGAUCGGGCCCAGUAUCUGCGUUAACACUAAGAGGCCAUUACUCUAAGGAGAAAUUUUACCCACAUUUUAAUGGGAUUUACACUAAAGCAAUAUUUGCUAUUUGCUCUUAAGUUUUAAGUAUAUUUUUACUAUUUGAAGCUAGAGGACUCGAUCAGUGCACUACAGCUGAGGUGGCACCAGAGGGCACUGUUUGAAUGAUUCUGUUGCAGGCACUUCAGAAUCAGAACACACACACACACACACAAGUGGAUGCAGUGAGUGCAAUCAGUCUUUAUUUUUCAGGGUGAUUUUGUGUCAUAACUUUUGCAUUAUGAUAUCAGAAUGCUGGAUCAUAAUGAACGUAUUCUAGAACUCAUUGAUGACAUUGUAGUUUUACAGUAACAGGGUUGCCCUGUAAUAUGACAGUGACCUAAUAAUGCAUUUUGUCAACUUUUUAAUAACUUUGUUUUAAUUGAGAUUUGUACAGAUGUUGUUUUAUUGGGCAAGUUGAUCAUAUUUUUUUAUCCUCUGUAUCACCAUAGCACGACAAUGACACCAUGACUUGUAAAUAGAAAUGCAUUCCUCUCGGGUCCUUUCCCAGGGAUAUUGGUCAAUUUGCUCCAUACAGUAAAAGAACUGCAGAAAACA